GAGCUUCUUUCUUCUAAAGAACAUAACAAAAAUAUAAUGGCAGACGCACUUGAAGAAGCUGUUUUAUCUGGACGCUUAUUCGCUAACGGUUUGUCUAUAAACGAGAGAGCGAACGGUGACGCAGAAUCAGACUCGGAGAAUGAGAAGACUACCACUGGAGAAGAAACCGAAGAAGUUGACGUUCCAGAAUACAGAGAUGGACCACGUACUGGUGUAAAAGGAGUCAAAGAAGAUGCACGCCUGCAGCACGAGAAAGAUGGCCAAAAUGCGAAAGAUAAUGAGAAAGCAAAGUCGAACAACAUCAGAUCCAAAGCUUUGGUACUCAACAAUCCAGAUGACGACGAUGAAGAAGAUGAGGAGGAUAAACGCGCAAGGGAAUCAUACAGAAGAGCGAGAAUACGCCAAAUUAAGAUGGCAUCCAAUGGUGGUCUACGCUUGUUUGGCCAUUUGAGGAAAGUAGACGCAAAUACCUAUCUCACCGCAAUAGAUGAUGAAGAAGAGGAUGUCUUUGUUGUUAUAUUAAUCAAAGAUGACUCUAUUGAAGAGUGCAUUGAUGUAGAAUAUACCUUCGCUAGUCUAGCACAGGUGUACACUUCCACAAAAUUCCUCUCAGGUGAAGCAACAACUUUGGAAUUCGGAUUGGAUGAAAAUUGCGUACCAGAUCCUGAUAUUCUACCAACAGUACUCGUUUAUAAAGCUGGGAAUCUCCACUGUACCCUCAUAAGACCGGAUCUCGAACCUAAAUCAAUCGAGCAGACAUUAGCAGAUGAAGGUGUACUUCAGUUGGUUGAAAGAGCUGGCAUGGAUGAGAAUGACGAUUUGGAUGAUGACUGAUGAAAAACCUCACAAUAGCUAAUCUCAAUAUUCGUUCACCAAACAAAUAAAUAUAUACACUUACAGCAGGAUACCCGAAUAGAUUUUUCUCCUCUUAAAGCGUAGGUUGAUUUUAUUAUCUCUUACUUCAUAGCAUAUUAUCAAGUAUUUUUCAAUUUCUGAAGUGAUAGAAUACAUCUACAUUAUUUUGUAAUAAGAGAACUUUAUCAUGAAGAGAUCAUCCAACAGAAUUAGCUGAGAUUCUUAUAUCCAUUUUAUAGUUUUUAUGGGUUCAAUUCACUUGAAUUUGUCGUACAUCCACAAUGUCUUCGAUGUCCUUCUUUAAUUGGAAUAUAACAAAUCACUUUCUAUGAAUUCCAUUGACAACUAUAGUUGUUCCAAUACUGUGACACUCAAAAGCCAACUGAAGUUUGAAUUUGGUGAAAAUUGGUAACCUGAUAUCCCACAAAUCAUGAAAAAUGGACAGAGCAAAUCACCAACAAGCUGUUGAGUUGAUGCUAUUUUUUUUCCUUGGUUUCCAAUUCUAGCUCCGCUUCCACCUUUAGAAGAUUACAAUAAUGUCAUCCUUACAAAUUAGUAAAGAAACAGAAUCAAUCAGUCUUAAUAAGUUAUAUGGACUUUUGACAUGUUGAAUACAUCCGUGCAUCACAGAAAUUACAAAGUCUCACAAUCUAUUAAGAUCGAUGAUGAAGAUGAUGAAAUCUGAAUAUAUUGUUAAGAUGUACAAAUUAUAACUUUGCCCAUCGAUACUUUUUAUAGCGUCAGGAUCAUCUUUACUUUUUUUGAGUUAGUAGGAUUCAAUUGGAAGCGUUUC